GAAAAGUUCUACGGGCCCUGAACGCCGCAUCCGACCAGUGGAGUUGCCGUAGUGCGUCACGUUAAACUAUGCUUUUGGCUAUUGCUACCAACAGCUUACCGACUUUUAUUUUUAACUAAAUUAAAUAAUAAAGAACAGCAAAGAAACUGCUACAAUUACAGUCGUUUAAAUUUUAUCAUCGCGUUCUUUCCAAGGAGGUGAUAUUUCGGAGUGGUGUAUGAAAGUAAUUGUGGUCAUUUCUGGGCUAGCUAAAGUAGCUAGCUUGUCUGUUAGGCAGAGUUGACAUCUCUCAGCUAACACAGAGUUUAGAAGCUAACUGGAAGAGACCUCCAGAUGCGGCUAAAGGACCCCUUUUCUUCGAAAGCUGUUGAGAUGACUAAGCGGACCAACAAACCGCGGAAACCCAGAGAUGAAGAGUCAUCAGAUGAAGUCAGUGGACUGACAUGCCAGCAUGUAAAUAAAGCCGUGGACCUGGGCUCUGUGAAGAAGUCGGUCCUCUCAGGCAUGUGGCUGGUGUGUUCAGACUGCCUGAAGGAAAGGACCAUGAUUGACGGAGAGCCAGUAGCAUCCCAUGACAUCCUAGUAUGCUUAAAAUGCGGUUUCCAGGGCUGCAAUCAAUCAGAGAUCCAGCACGCGGUCAAGCAUCACCAGGCCUUCCACCUGGAAUCUCACUGCAUCACCAUCAGCUUAAACACAUGGAAGGCCUGGUGUUUUGAAUGCAACGAGGAGCUCUCCACCCACUGCAAUAAGAAGGCUCUGGCUCAGACUCUCGACUUUCUACAAAAGCAGAGCACCAAAGCAACAACAGCAUCACCCAAGAUCAUAAAGCUGCGAGAUGAAUCCUCCGACUAUGUUGACCCGUCCCGAGGAAAGAGUCCCGUCAUUAACACUACCUUGGCUCCUGUUAAAGGAAUAACCAACCUCGGCAACACCUGCUUCUUCAACGCUGUUAUGCAGAAUCUGUCCCAGACACACAUGCUCAUCGACCUCAUCCAGGAAGUGAAGGAAAAAGGGCACAAGAUGAAGAUUUGUCCCCCUGUGGAGAUGAACCUGAAUCCGCUCACGGUUACGCUGCCCAGUCCAGAGCCUCUGACAGCAGCCAUGUUUGUCUUCCUGCAGAGCAUGAAGGAGGCAGGAAAAGGCCCCAUUAAUCCAAAGAUCCUCUUCAACCAGCUCUGCCAGAAAGCUCCACGCUUCAAGGGCUACCAGCAACAAGACAGUCAAGAGCUGCUGCAUUACUUACUGGACUCCAUACGAGUAGAAGAAACUAAAAGGGUCAAAGCUGCCAUUCUGAAAGCCUUCAACAAUCCGACAGAGAAGACUGCUGACGAGGAAACCAAGCGCCAAGUCAAAGCAUAUGGAAAAGAGGGUGUAAAGCUGAACUUUGUUGACCGCAUCUUUGUAGGCGAACUCACCAACACUAUCAUGUGCGAGGAGUGCGAACACAUAUCGACAGUGAAGGAGGCCUUCAUAGACAUUUCUUUACCCAUCAUAGAGGAGAGGAUGUCCAAACCAUCCAACCCUGGGCGGAUUGGGAAAGCCAGCCGUGAGCAGGACGUGCACACAGCCCACCACGACCUUUCUGUUGCACACCCCGUCAACAAAAACACCAAGAAGCAGAGCGGACAGAAACAGCUGAGGAGGAAAUCUUCCAGCUCUUUAGAGGAGAAGGGGGCCAGCUGUGGUGCGGAGCAGCCAGAGGAGGAUGGUGUGGCUGGCGGAUCGGCCCGCUGGCUCCCUGUUUGUAAGAUGGCGGCGGCUGGCAGUUUGUCAGAUGGCAGUGAAAGAGACUCUGGUGCUCAGGACAGCAGCAACGAUGCCGACAGUGAGGCGUCUGAGAGCGAGUGGGCGCCCCGUGCCUCCAGCCACGCCCUGGGACACACCUCCACCUCCCCGCAGGCCUCUUCGUCCUCUCCCUCCCCAUCUCUACUCACCAGGCAGUGUGGCGCUGUAGAGCAGAUAGCUGCCGCUGUUUCUAAGGUCAGCCUGGGGUUCAAUUCUGGAGACGGCUCUGCUUCCGCUCACUGUUGUCAUGAAGAGCAAACCCAAAACAGAGACAACCUCCAGCACCACCAGGGGGCUUUCCAGGCUCUGUCCCACAGUUACACCCCCAGCUCCAAAGAGUGCUCCAUCCAGUCCUGCCUGCACCAGUUCACCUCUGUGGAGCUGCUGAUGGGCAACAACAAGCUUCUGUGUGAGAGCUGCACAGAACGCCGGCAAAAGCAGCUGUGGAGGAGCGGCUCAGCAGAGAAAAAGGUAGAGAAGAUAUACACCAGUGCUCGGAAGCAGAUGCUCAUUUCUUUGCUGCCUCCUGUCAUCAUGUUGCACCUGAAACGAUUCCACCAGGCAGGGAUGAACCUACGGAAGGUGAACCGCCACGUUGACUUUCCUCUGAUCCUGGAUCUAGCUCCAUUCUGCUCCGCCUCCUGCAAGAACCUGGCUGCCGGUGAGCGUGUCCUGUACAGUCUUUAUGGGAUAGUGGAACACAGCGGUUCAAUGCGCGGGGGCCACUAUGCUGCCUAUGUUAAAGUGCGGCCCCCCCAGCGGAGGACUGAACUGCUUCACAAGAACCUGUCAGGUGCGAGGGACGCCAGCUGCAGCUCCCAGGGCCAGUGGGUGUACGUCAGUGAUACCACUGUGCAGACAGUACCAGAGUCCAGAGUACUCAACUCUCAGGCUUACCUGCUCUUCUACGAGGAAACACUGUAAAGUGACGAUUGAGACAUGUCUGUUGUGCUUUCAUUAUCCUGUGUUACAGCCCCUCCAGCUUCUCUUACCGUGACUGAGAAAGGGUGGAGGCAUGAAAAGGGAAUGCUUCGACUGCUUACGCUUGCUUGAUCUUUAAAAAAAGGCAUGGCAAAUUGUUCGAGAAGACUCAAACAAAACAAUACAAGACUUUAAUUUUGUUCCCUUUAUUGCCCACUUGUCAGUCACAUGUCUAUCUGUUUAAUUGGGUGUUUUGAAGAGGUUGAACAAUGGCUGAGACACAGACCGCAUGCUGGGAUUUACUACAAACAAGCAAAAGGAAAGCAUGGUAAACUGCUCCCAGCCCUCUUGAUGCACAUAUAUGUGAGAAACAUAGGAAUGCGUCUCCAUUGUUUCAUUCAGCAUCUUAAAUACUCUAACAGGAACGUCACGCGUUUACACAGCUAUUUCCUUCUUGUUUCCUAAGAUUUUCCCUUGAAUGUUGAGCAUCGUGGUUUUUUAGGCCGGAAAACUUGCAUCACCUUUUGCAGAUUUUGGGUCACUUGCAAAAGCAAGACAUGAAAACUUUUGAAUAUAUUUGGGUUUAGAGGAAAAUCUGCAGCUGUGAUGGCAAUGCAAGCUUCUGCUGCAGCUUCUCAUUAGACUGAGUCAUCACUAGGAGCAAAAAACACAGAAUUAUUCCAGCUUUGGGUUUCCAAUACCAUUAGGACAGAAUUGCUGCAUUACAAAUGAUUUAGAUGUGCAGGUUAUUUCACAAAAGUGAUGGAGAUCACAAUGAAUGAGAGUUUAGGAAGGAGCUGCAGACCGAAAUGAAUCUGAAGAGGAGAAGACUCAUGUUGACUUUAGAAAGUGACUAUCAUAUAGGUUCAGUUUCAUGUUCUACUUCACAACCUACUUGUUUUCCAUUUGCACAGUUUGAUCCAUCUGAAUGUAUGAAUGUAAGACUAUCAAUGCGUUUGCCAAAAACACGCUCUGCAGCUGCAAACCUGAUCAGUUGUAUUUGUGUUUUGUCUUUAUCUUGUUCCGUCUGUACGCCUCUGAAACGCACGCAGAUGCUCGUCAUACCAACAAAACACCACAUCUGCCUUCAUUUUGCCAAACGGCUGUAACUACAGGCUCAUCAUCCCUGCAAAUGAUUCAAUUCCAAAUGCAAUUAAUAUGUUUGAAAGAUUAAAUCUAUAUUGUUCAUAGAAAAUAAAUGUCAAGGCUUUUGGCCUUACAAGGAAAAAGCUCUUUGUCAAAAUGUAUUUGGGUAAAUGUCUUAAACUAAUGUGAAAAGCUGUUUAUCGGUUUCUAUUAGCAUAUUAUAGAUUCAGCUCCUUUCAAUUGUUUUCUGCUUAAGCUUGUUUGCCUAAACAGCAGCAAGAUGAGAAAGAUAAAGAGGAUGAGGAGGAUUUACCAGAAUAAAUUUAGCUUUUUUUAUUUUAUUUUUGAAGUAAGGAUCUACUCAGUGCCUCUGCAUCAGAAAGGCAAAGUAUGAUUAGAAGAGAACAUGAGGUAAACAACUAGGUGUGGCUUUAUUUAUGUACAGUAUGGCUUACUGUAAGCAAAAAGAGUAUGAGGUUUAUGUAAUUUUAUAUACAGAAAUGUAUAAAUCAUGGUGCUUCAAAUGUUUAAGAUUUUCCUUUCCAGGUGUGAAUACUUCAAUGCUGUAAUGCAUCAUUUGGAAGGAUAUAAAGGUCUAAAAUAAAGGCUGUUUUGGAGCUGGA